AUGUACGUCGUAAAGAGGGACGGUCGGAAAGAGAAAGUUGCUUUUGACAAGAUAACAGCACGUAUUAAUAAACUAUGCUAUGGACUCGAUACUAAUUAUGUUGACCCCGUUACAGUCACCCAAAGAGUUAUAUCUGGUGUCUAUCAAGGAGUAACGACAGUUGAACUCGACAAUUUGGCAGCGGAAACUGCUGCUUACAUGACAACCAAACAUCCCGACUAUGCCAUUCUUGCAGCACGCAUAGCAGUAUCCAACCUUCACAAAGAAACUAAAAAAGUUUUUUCUCACGUAAUUGAAGAUCUCUAUCGAUACAUAAACCCCACUUCACAAAAGCACUCGCCGAUGAUUUCAGACGAUACUUACAAUACGAUAAUGCGUCACUCUGACAAAUUGAAUUCGGCAAUAAUCUACGAUCGCGAUUAUAUGUACAAUUACUUUGGUUUUAAAACACUCGAGCGAUCAUAUCUCCUGCGAAUAGAUGGAAAGAUCGUUGAGAGACCUCAGCAUAUGUUGAUGCGGGUCUCAGUCGGCAUCCACGGAGAAGACAUUGAUGCUGCUAUUGAGACAUACAAUCUGAUGAGCUCAAAGUUUUUUACUCAUGCGUCACCUACACUAUUUAAUGCUGGGACACGGAGACCUCAGUUAUCAAGUUGCUUCUUGCUAACGAUUAAAGAUGACUCAAUAAAAGGAAUCUAUGAUACACUCAAGACUUGCGCAGUAAUAUCCAAAACUGCUGGUGGAAUUGGAUUUAAUAUUCAUAGUAUUCGAGCCUCAGGGUCAUAUAUCGCUGGCACUAAUGGUUACUCAAAUGGGAUUAUCCCAAUGCUACGUGUAUACAAUAACACUGCGCGAUACGUUGAUCAAGGUGGCAACAAACGACCAGGCGCAUUCGCUGUUUACUUGGAGCCUUGGCAUGCCGAUGUUUUUGAUUUUUUAGAUUUGAAAAAGAAUACCGGCAAAGAAGAAGGUCGUGCUCGCGACUUAUUUUAUGCUCUUUGGGUGCCUGAUUUAUUCAUGAAGCGAGUCGAAUCGAAUUCACAUUGGAGUCUAUUUGACCCCAAUGAAGUGCCUGGACUAGCAGACGUCUGGGGAGAAAAAUUUGACCAAUUGUACGAAUCAUAUGAACAAAAAGGUUGCGCACGCAAAACAAUCGAGGCUCAAAAAUUAUGGCAUGCCAUUCUCGAGUCACAAAUAGAAACUGGUACUCCAUACGUGCUUUACAAAGAUGCAUGUAACCGCAAGUCAAAUCAACAGAAUCUCGGUACUAUAAAAUGUAGCAAUCUCUGUACUGAAAUUAUCGAAUAUUCGAGCCCAGACGAAGUUGCUGUAUGUAAUCUUGCUAGUAUUGCGCUACCAACGUUUAUUGAGAAAGGCAAAUACAACUUCAAGAGACUGCAUGAGGUUACCAAAGUAGUGGCGCGUAAUUUAAACAAGAUUAUCGAUGUCAACUUUUAUCCUGUGCCUGAAGCGCAUCGAUCUAACAUGCGACAUCGUCCAAUAGGCAUUGGCGUUCAAGGUCUCGCGGACGCCUUUAUUUCAAUGCGGAUGCCCUUCGACUCCCCACAUGCCAGAAAGUUAAACAAACAAAUAUUUGAGACCAUCUACCAUGGUGCACUAGAAGCUUCGUGCGAACUCGCUGAAAGUUUAGGUACUUAUGAAACGUAUGGAGAUUCUCCUGUAUCAAAAGGUCUUCUACAGUAUGACAUGUGGGGUGUUGAACCGACAGAUCUCUGGGAUUGGGACUCGUUAAAGAAGAAGAUCGCCACUCAUGGCGUCCGCAAUUCGUUACUAGUUGCACCUAUGCCGACUGCAUCCACAUCGCAGAUAUUAGGAUUCAACGAGUGUUUUGAGCCUUAUACAAGUAACAUUUACACUCGGCGCGCGCUUGCUGGCGAGUUUCAGAUUGUGAAUCCUUGGUUGCUCAAGGAGCUUGUUGAGAUGGGACUAUGGAAUGAAAAUAUGAAGAAUAGAAUCAUCGCUGAUAAUGGGAGUAUUCAGAAAAUACUAGGGAUUCCGGAUGAGCUGAAAGCAUUAUACAAAACAACAUGGGAGAUUUCUCAAAAAGUUAUUAUUGACAUGGCAGCCGACCGCGGUGCGUUCAUUGAUCAAUCGCAAAGUCUAAACAUUCACAUAGCGGAACCAACCUAUGCUAAAUUGACUAGCAUGCAUUUUUACGGAUGGAAGAAGGGACUAAAAACUGGGAUGUACUACUUGCGAACCAAACCGGCAGCAGAUGCUAUCAAGUUUACUGUGGAUCAAACAUCCCUCAAGGAACUAGACUCUAAACCAGUGCUUCCCGUAUUAGUGAAAUAA